GCUCGGGCCGGGCUCCGGGCGAGCCGGGCGAGUGCGGCGAUCGGGGUCACCAGCGUUCUUUCCUGCCAGACCUGACGUUCCAGAAUUGGCCUCGCAGUCGCCUCAGGUGAUGGCGCCAGGUGCAGACGUCGUGGCUGGCGUCGCCGCUCGGAUGCUGUCUCCCAGACAGCCUUCGUGGUGGACUCCCCGACCGCGCCUCAGCCCCUCAGCCCCCUCAGGCCCAGUACCAGGGAGGAGAUCCAGUCCUGCUUCCUAGCCGAGCCCAGUCAUGCAGGGUGAGGAAGAUGGAGACAGCAUCCUUCCUUUUGCUAAGUGCUCCAGGGUAGUCAGCCGGGCUUCAGCCCGCAGCCUGCCUUCCCAGAGUAGCGGAGCCAUGCUGCGGCCUUAUGGAGACAGCUUCUGGGAGAAUCUUAGCCGAAGGUCCAGCUCCAGCUGGUUGCUAGAACAGUCCGUUCCGCCAGCACUGGCCACUGGUCGCUCCCAGCCUGGCCUGCACUCUCUUGAGGGACUCCCUCCUCCAGAGAGGCUUUGGAGAAGAAAGAAAAAGAAGCUGCAUUCAGAGAGGAUGCGAAGGGGACCCGGAAACAUUCCAGCCCGUGUUAGAGCUGUUGCCUAUCAUCUGGAGGACCUGAGGAGGCGCCAGGGAAUCAUCAAUGAACUGAAGAAGGCUCAGUGGGGCAGCUGUGGGGCUCCACCCCAGCUCCUGAUGCUCGAGGAGGGCUGUGGACUCUUCAGCACUGCUGGCUGCCUUGACGUGGAAGACAGGGCAGCCUGCCCACAGGAAGAGGGUCAUUUUGUCACUCCCAGGGAUCAGCUGCUUUGGUCUCCCUGGACUCCCUUAGGCCAGGGGUGGACUUAUGCCUCUGGGCGCCCAAGCUCUCUGGCCUACAGCACUGUGACAGCCAGGAGGAACCCCAUUUGCGAUGUCCAGAGGAUGGAGGAGUUGGAGUCUGAGGAGUAGCAGGAAGUCAUCCAUGCCCAAGCUGCGGGACACAAGACCAAUUCAAACCCGAGAUUCUCCCCAUUGUGGGCGUCCAGGCCUCUGUUGCCCUGUCCUCACCCUCACUGCUCUUCCCAUUCAGCAGUGUAGGCAUUCGCAGCCCACUUGAGUUCCUGUCCGACCGUCCUGGCCCCUCUGAGCCAGGUUUUCUAGGCCAGACCCUGGUCUUGGGUUCUGUUCGGUCAUUAAAGAGCCCGGAG